AUGGUCGUGUACCCUACCUUGCAUUGGCUAACAUAUACUCAGCUACAUUAUGCACCGUCAUCUCCGGAACGGGAAAAGUUGAUUGCGGCGGUCCAGGAUCUCCGCCAGAAACUUCCAGUCCGUGUACCAUCAAUUAAAAACGGACAGGAGGUAGCAACCCGCCCCAGCACGUCUGAUUCAGAGACCUAUAUGCCUUCGGAGGUUUCGUCGAUUUUCGCCAGAUAUACUCCGACAACAGAGGCGGACGUAUCAGCCGCCAUCGAGGAGGCGUUGAAGGCUAAGACGGCAUGGCAAGAUACACCCUUUGUCGACCGGGCAGCGGUCUUUCUCAGAGCAGCAGAACUGGUCUCUGGAAAGUACAGAUUUGAGUUGAUGGCUGCAACGAUGCUUGGGCAGGGGAAAAAUGCCUGGCAGGCGGAGAUUGAUGCUGCGGCGGAGCUGGCUGACUUUUUCCGUUUCAACGUCUCAUUUGCCGAAGAGAUCUAUUCCAGGCAACCUACACUGAAUGAGCGCGGACAAGCAGGGCGCAUUGACUGGCGUCCACUGGAAGGAUUUGUAUAUGCCAUUUCGCCUUUCAACUUCACCGCCAUUGGCGGGAACCUUGUAUCUGGUCCGGCUCUGCUUGGAAACGUUGUUCUUUGGAAACCUUCUCCUUCCAACGUAUAUGCAAGCUACCUGGUAUAUAAGAUCCUCCGCGAGGCAGGCCUCCCGCCGAAUGUUGUGCAGUUCGUCGGUGGAGAUGCUGAGAUGAUCACAAGAGUGGCUCUUGCACAUCCGGAACUGUCUGCUAUUAAUUUCACAGGGUCGUCAGACGUUUUCCGCAGCCUAUAUGGCAAGAUAGCAGACGGCGUGAGGGAAAGAAGAUAUCGUGACUUUCCGCGACUGGUCGCGGAGACAUCCGGCAAGAACUUUCACUUGGUUCAUCGGUCUGCCGAUAUCAGUAAUGCUGUAAAGCAUACGAUCCGUGCUUCUUUCGAGUAUGCCGGCCAAAAGUGCUCGGCUUGCUCGCGAAUCUAUAUCCCACAAAGCCGUGCUGAACAAUUCUUCUCUGAGCUGAAGCAGGAGUUGAGAAAGGUCAAAGUGGGCCCGCCCGAGGACUUUGAAAGCUUUACUGGACCUGUCAUACAUCAAGCAGCCUUCAACAAGAUCACCAAGGUUAUUGAUGCUGCGAACAAGGAUAGUCAGCUGGAGCUUGUGGCAGGGGGCAAGUACGAUGGCAGCAAAGGCUUCUUCAUCGAACCGACCGUCUACUCUGCAAAAGCGGUGGAUCAUCCUCUCUUUGACCAAGAGCUCUUUGGUCCAGUUUUGGUCACCCAUGUCUAUCAAGACGAGCAAUUUGACUCACUCUUGACCAAUAUCGACAGACAAGGCGGUGGCUUCGCUCUGACUGGUUCCAUCUUUGCAACCGACACAGCGGCCAUUCGGCAAGCCGAAAACGGGCUCCGCUAUGCAGCUGGGAAUUUCUACAUCAACUGCAAGACGACUGGGGCCGUCAUUGGACAACAGUCUUUCGGAGGAGCACGGGCCAGUGGUACCAACGACAAGGCUGGCAGUGCAAACAUGUUGAUGCGGUUCACAGCUCCCCGAACUCUGAAGGAGGAGUACCAUACCCUCGAGACUGUGCUCUAUCCAAGCAACGGCUGA